AUGGGCGUUCACGGCCUUACAACCUACCUACGGGAACACAGACGAGCCCUUUCUUCUACUGUAAAGCUCGGCAGUCCUUCUCCAGAUCGAGUUUCUAUUGUUGUUGACGGCUGGUCAUUUAUCUAUGCGAUAUCAACCAACAAUUCCAGUCUUCCAUGGGUAUACGGCGGAGAAUACCACGAAUUCAAACGGGCGGCAAAGGCCAUCGUGGAGGCUUGGCUCCGUGUUGGGCUGGACAUCCACUUCGUCUUCGAUGGUGCCUACCCCGACUUGAAGUUUCCAACUCUCGUAACUAGGCUUGGGCAGAGCCAUAUCCAACCGGGCCUCCUCUUCUUCAGAACCUCGGUAGUCUCGCGAUCAACCCCAAGGUCCCUAGCAGAGACAUGGAUGCUCCCUCCCCUGAGCUAUUCAGUCUGCAUAAACGCAUUGAAGGAGGUUCAGGAGACCACCACCUUUCUUCACCUGCACUUUGCAGAUGAAGAAGGUGAUCCCUACGCAGUUGAACUCGCGGGUCGAGUUGGGGGCUACGUCGUCGGAAACGAUUCAGACUUUGUAAUCCUCAACUCUGAAGGAUACCUGGGGUAUAUACCCAUCGACGAAAUGGUGUGGGAAGCGCCAUCUUUAGAAGAAACCCCCGCAGUUGACGACGACGAUGCUGACUUUCAGAUCGUUCGUAAACCCAAGUUCAACCGGAAACCACCUGUCCCAAUGGGCAUCCACCCUCCCGAAACGGGGGAUCUGAAACUCCACCUCACAGCCUACAGCCCCACAAAACUAUCUACCCAUCUCAAUCUACCCGUCACCCUCCUUCCAUUGCUCGGGGCGCUCGUAGGGAAUGACUUCUCCUCGGAAUCCGAAACGCACCGACGUCGACUCCAAAAUCUAUUCUUCGAGCGCACCCUUUCCCUUACACAGCGCAUCGACCAUGCCGCAGCAGUGGUGCGCUCCAUUCUCACCCCAAGUCAAAAUCGCCGCAAGGCGAAGCACGAGGUCGGGAGUGUCAUGGACCUCAUCGACAAAACUGUCAACGCCCUAAUGGCGAGACACCUCACUUCUAUGGGUUCAGGCGAGAUUGAACAGAUCAUCAACGGCGUUGUGGAAGCUACACUGCAGUAUGCUAUUCCCAGGACAGAUCCCCACGACGAACCCCUAUGGCCUACCGAAAUCUGUGCCCUCCACAUGCCCUCCACAUGCUCACUUCUCCCCAUUGUUUCCCGUCGGCUUCUGGAACAGCUUCGAGCCGUCGACGAGGAGGAUCAAGCCUUGCUCGAGAUCCGUCAAGCUCUUAUACAUGCCUAUAGAAAGGGUUCCCUUUCUCCCAAGGUUAUGGACUCUCUCAACACCUCUUCUUCGUGGCCCAGACCUUUCCUGGAGCAUCCAGAUGUCGAGAACGUGAACCGUAGUAUUGGAAGGCCCAUCCGUGCAUGGAUAUACUCUAUUUUAGACGAUGCUGUUGGACUGCCGGAUCCACCCACCGCGCCCGAGGAAGACCCCACCGACUCCGUUCAGUCCGAUGAAGAGGAAGAAGACCCCGACGAACUUAUCGACGUGGUCGAGUCAGAUUCAGAGCAGGAAGACGUCGACUAUCUCGCUCCGUUAAAGGGUGAACUAAACCGCCUCCAGGGUCCUGAGGACGAAUCCGAAGCUACAGAACCGCCCCCCUCUAUCACGUCCUCCCAUCCUCGCGAAAGAACAAGCCCUGCGAUUGUUGCCGAGUACAUCCGUCGAGGGACUCGCGUUGCCGCCGAAGAUGUCGAAGUCCCUUCCUUGCAAAGUUUACUACAAUCCGUCGACCUCGAGGACUUCAGCGAGGAGGGCAGUGCGCAUCUCCUUUUACGUCAGGAAGACGAUAGAUUUACGGUCCUCCUGCGGGCCUUGAAAUCUGACACACCUGCCGUUCGUGCGUUGUCGCCCAUUGAAUUAGCUCCCGUCCUUGCUGUUCGAUGGACAGCAUUGAUGCUAUUCCAGCGAAGCGAGGAGACUGGUAGCAAGGAGCGUGCCAGGGAACGCUGGGCCCCUAUUGAAGCACGCUGCUGGCUUGCAACCUUCCAUGCCGCCCAUACCGAGUUACCCCAGCUAGAUCUCAGCUCAGUCACCGUCGCUGAUAGAAACAUUCAGCUAAUGGCCCAGAUGCUCGUUGCAUUGGAGUGUAUCGAUCAGCUUGCCCAAGUUCUGUUCUUAGAACAACGUGUGCCCUCGCCCGCUCAUUUGCUGUCGGGAAAGCGAUUCCACGCACUCCUCAACAACCCCGAUGCUUUAGUGGACUUGGAUGAUUUGGAUAGGCUGUGGGCUGCUGUGGGAGAAGAUUUCGCGCCCGGGGUCUUCCAAGAACAAAAGACGAAGAAGGUUAAGAAGAAGAAAGGAUCCUCGGAUGCGAUGCCUGCCACCAACGGAUACGGGCGUCAAAAGCAAUACAACUCAGCGGGUACACGGAAGGCUCAAAACCAGAGUUUUUUCGCUCUGCUCGAUUCAGAGGCGAUGUAAUUGUGUUAGCUAUUGGACUCGCCUACUUGUAUUUCAUAAUUCACGUCACAGAUAUUGAAGUUAUGGCGCCGGUGACUGUUAAA